GAAUUUUCAUUAUUUGUUUACAUAUUUCGAUGCAGGUUGGACACCCUUGAGCAGCAAUUUAGCUCUAUAUAUAGUUGAACUUUUAUUUGUUGGGUUUGGAACAUAGGAACUAGCCUCUCCUCUAGCUUCAGGCAAAGUCUUGGAAAGGAAAAAUGGCUGAUGCUUUUGAAUUUGGCUCCACUCCUGCGACACCGAAACCAGCUUCUGUCGCAGCCUCGACGCCUCCUAUAUCAGCUCCGCCUUCACAAUUCCACUCUCCUUCCUUGUCUCGAUCACCGUUGUUAUCCACCGGUGAUCAUAUUCAGCCUGCAAGCACAAACAGAACCCCGAGGACUUCAACUCCGAAGAUAUCAACUCCAAGACUUCGAACGCCACGGUUUAUUACCCCUUUAGGUAGCCCCAUCAGAAGGGCUCUUCACCUUACUAAGCUUGACCCUCAAGAUGCUUGGCUUCCUAUCACCGAGUCCCGAAAUGGGAACAAAUUUUACGCAGCGUUUCACUGUCUUUGCUCCGGGAUUGGUGUUCAAGCACUCAUCCUUCCUGUUGCCUUCACCACUCUUGGUUGGGCCUGGGGAGUCAUAGACAUGACCUUGACAUUUUUAUGGCAAUUGUACACUCUUUAUCUCUUGGUACAACUCCAUGAAUCUACAGAACAAGGCAUUCGAUACAGCAGAUAUAUGCAGCUCGCAAACGCUACCUUUGGUGAGAAGUUAUCAAAGUGGCUUGCGCUCGUCCCAAUCAUGUACCUAUCAGCAGGGACAUGUAUAGCUCUAAUCAUCAUCGGAGGAUCAACAUCAAAAAUGUUCUUUCAGACAGUAUGUGGAGAGACAUGCAACGUCAAGACAUUAACAACUGUGGAAUGGUACUUGGUGUUUACAUGCGGUGCAGUUGUUUUGUCUCAGCUUCCAAACAUGAACUCCAUAGCUGGGGUGUCGCUAAUUGGAGCCAUCACUGCUGUUGGGUAUUGUACGAUUAUAUGGGCAGUUUCGGUCGCCGAAGGAAGAAUGCCUGGGGUUUCAUACAACCCUGUGCGAGGUUCUAGCGAUAUAGAAAGAGUUUUUGAUGUGUUAAAUGCGCUUGGAAUUAUUGCUUUUGCCUUUAGAGGUCACAAUCUCAUACUUGAGAUUCAGGCUACAAUGCCUUCAAGUGAGAAGCAUCCAUCACGAGUGCCCAUGUGGAAGGGUGUGAAGGUGGCUUAUGCACUUAUUGCUAUGUGCCUAUUUCCUCUCGCAAUUGGUGGCUAUUGGGCUUAUGGUCAAAUGAUACCAACAGGAGGCAUGUUAACAGCCUUAUUUAUGUUCCAUGGAAGAGACACUUCACGGUUUAUUCUAGCUUUAACAAGUUUAUUCGUCAUAAUUAACGCAUUAAGCUCAUUCCAAAUCUAUGGAAUGCCAAUGUUUGAUGAUUUAGAGUCAUUAUACACUCGGAGAAUGAAGAAGCCGUGUCCGUGGUGGCUCCGGGCGAUUAUCCGAGCAUUGUUUGGUUUCCUGUGCUUUUUCGUGGCGGUGGCAAUCCCAUUCCUGGGAAGCAUGGCUGGGUUAAUAGGAGGAAUAGCAUUGCCAGUGACAUUAGCUUAUCCAUGUUUCAUGUGGCUUAAGAUGAAGAAACCAGAGAUGUAUAGCCCAAUGUGGUUCCUCAACUGGGGACUUGGAAUCUUUGGUUUGGCUCUCAGUGGAGCUCAGAUUGCUGCUGGGAUAUAUGUUGUUGUUAGUACUGGUACCAAAGUUAGCUUCUUUAAUCCACAGUAGUUUGAUUAAUGUCUUUAAUUUGGAAUAGAGUGGAGUGAGCAUAAUUGUAAUUCUAGGGUUUUUUUUCUUAUUUUUUAUUUGUUCUUGUGUAAUUGUGAGAUUUAUUUUCUAAAGAGGAAAUAAAUAUAAUACCAGAAUUUUUUUUUUUUUAA